AUGUACUCUUUCAAGAUUACUGCGGCUCUUAGUCUUGCCGCUUUAGCACGAGCCUUUACUAUUCCAUCUGGUACCCCCGACGGCGUCUAUGCAGUCUCUACUGGUGAGGACGGCACAACUGUCCAUACAAAGAUCUCCAGUCCUUCAAAAAUCAAGCAUGACCUGGCUAGUGUAGCACCAAGGGCUCUUGAACCUCGUGAUCAAGACAUUUACUGUGGCUGCGGAUUUAAUCUGGACCCCAGCAAUUGCGAUGCAGCUGUAGCAGAUCUCAAGACGCAACUUCCUGGAGCACACAUCUAUGAAGGCACGUCGUACUACUCCAUUCGUGGGAACGUCGUAGCUUUCGUUUGCGUCCCUUAUACAGAUCCAGGCGUGUGGACUGACAUUUCUCCUGAUCAAUACGGCCAAGCGCUGGCAACAAUCACGGCACAUUGCGGGAGAUAUAUUGCUGGGGCUAUGUUCACUGGAUAUUCCAUUGAGUAUGUUGGAUAUGCUCAGUGGUAUGAUCGUUAUGACUUCUGCAAACAUGCGACGGAUUCAUCGUCCACUCAUUGCUAG